GAAAGAGACCAAUACUCCCAAUUCACGCAAAAUGGCCCCCAAAGUCCUCGUUGUCCUUACGUCCUUCGACAAGAUCGAAGCCAACAACCAUCCUACAGGAUGGUACCUUCCUGAGUUUGCACACCCUUGGGAAGUCCUGCACUCCAAGACCGAACUCACAAUCGCCUCGCCUAAAGGCGGCGCUGCCCCUCUCGAUCCCUCCUCUGUGAAAAUGUUCGAGAACGACCCCGUCUCCGCCAGGUUCCUGAAAGAGCAGGAAUCUCUCUGGAAGAAUACACUGAAGCUGGAGGAGGUGCUCCCCCGCGCGGAGAAGGGAGAGUUCGAUGCCAUUUUCUAUGUCGGAGGUCAUGGGCCAAUGUUCGAUCUCGUGACUGACAAAACCUCCAUUGCGCUAAUCCAGUCCUUUGCUAAGGCCAAGAAGCCAGUCAGCGCUGUCUGCCACGGUCCCUGCGUUUUCGUGAAUGUCACUACACCCUCCGGCAAACCGCUCGUCGCAGAUGCGGAAGUCACCGGGUUCUCGAAUGUGGAGGAGGACCAGGUCGAUCUGUCCAAGGUGAUGCCGUUUAUGCUGGAGGAUGAGCUGAACAAGAAAUCGGGCGGCAAGUAUGUCAAGGCUGAUCAGCCAUGGGGAGAGAAGGUUGUGGUCAGUCAGGUGAAGGAGUUGGGCGGUCCGCUCAUCACGGGACAGAAUCCGGCAAGUGCGACGGGAGUGGGAAAGGCACUUCUGGAAGCUCUGGGGGCGUAA